AUGAAACUCACAAGAUCUGGGAAAAUCGCUCUGAUUAUCUUGGUGGUCAUAAUUGUAGCAGCAGCCAUCGGAGUCAUUGUUUACUUUGUGGUCUAUGGUAAAACACCUUUCUAUUACCACAUCAGCUUUAAAAUUAAUAAUGUUGACUACGACAGCAAGUUUGGCAAGCCAUAUGCUCAAGAAUACAUAGAUCUAAAUGAAAGGAUAGUGUCUUUGAUGAAUAAAACAUUUCAAGCAUCCAAACUGAGAAGGCAGUAUGUCAAAUCCCACGUUGUCAAAGUCAGACAGAACAAUGGUAAAACGAUAGUGGAUGUGGUGCUGAAGUUUAAAUCCUGUUACAACAAUAAUGCAGCAAUGUUUCGAGACAGGGCAAAAAAUAUUUUACUUCAGAAGCUGACAGGUGACACUGGGUCCUUAUGCAUAGAUUCUUCCUCAUUUAAACUUUCAGAUAUUGAUACGGAUCCAGCAGAAAAUCUUCUGAAUAUGUGUUGUGGAAGACGAACAAAAAUGUCCCCUGGCAACAAAAUAGCUGGAGGCCUGGAUAGUGUGGAGGGGGAAUGGCCUUGGCAAGCCAGCCUACAACAGAAUAAUAUUCACAGAUGUGGGGCCACUCUGCUUAGUAACAACUGGCUUCUCACAGCUGCACACUGCUUUGUAAAUGCUAAAGACCCUCGAGAAUGGAGUGUGACCUUUGGACUCCGUUUAAGUGAUUCAAAAAUGAAACGAAGUGUGAAAAAUAUUAUCAUUCAUGAAAAGUAUCACUAUCCAGAUCAUGACAAUGACAUUGCCAUUGUAAAUCUGUCCAAACCAGUACUAUAUACAAGCAGUAUUCGAAAGAUUUGUCUUCCAGAAGCAAAUUAUAACUUCCCUCCAGAUUCUGAUGUGGUAGUUACAGGAUGGGGAUCAAGAAAAACUGAUGGAACAAGUCCUAAUGUUCUCCAAAAAGGAAUAAUGAAAAUUAUAGAUACUGACACAUGCAAUAAAAAAGAGGUAUAUGAUGGUGCCAUAACAAAUGGAAUGAUAUGUGCUGGGUUCUUGGAAGGAAGAAUAGAUGCCUGCCAGGGUGACUCAGGUGGACCACUGGUUAGUUCAGAUUCUAGAGGCAUCUGGUUCCUUGUUGGAAUCGUGAGCUGGGGACAUGAAUGUGCUCUUCCAAAUAAGCCUGGCGUCUAUACUCGAGUCACUUACUAUCGAAACUGGAUUACGUCAAAAACUGGGCUUUAG